ACCGACGCGUUAUCGCGAUUCCUGUCAUCCUUGCUAGCUACAUUCUACGUAAAUAUUUUUACUACAUAUCUCAACAAACCUGUCAAAAUUCAAAGGUCAGCCCACCGUUCUGAAUAUAAGAAGACUCCGCUCUAAUUUGAGCAUUUUCUGUUUCACAGGUUGUGGAUUACAAAGUUCAAAUCAGCGAGACUGGGACAGAGUACAACGAGACAAUCGAAGUGGCCACCGAAAAGCAAACUGAACUGUUUAAAGUUCCUGCUCAUAAUGACGUGGACGGAAGCAAUAUUUUGCACGACUUUAAGACGGUAAGUCUAUUUGUUUUAGCGUCGAGCGGUGUAAAGACAUUAGGAUUUAUCCAGUCCUCAACCAAACCUAAAAAAAGUGUUUAAUCAGUUCAAACCCAACUGACUCAUUAUAAAGCACAAUCUUUUUAUCGUGUUUCAAGCAUAGCAAGUCCUGAUUAGAACUCUUUAAGCCAACUAGGACAACGCUGAACAUGAUCAGCUACUCUUUACUAGACAAGACAAAGGGGACAUAUUCAUUAUGCUUACAAAUUUAUGUUUUCGUGUAAAUGAAAUACCAGUGUUUAAACAACAUUGGGAUUAUCGAAAAAUUCCUCUUUUAUCGUAAAACAGAAUAUGACUAUGAUGCUGUUGCCGGAAAAAAAGAUAUGCUACCUUAUGCCACUGUCAGAAGAGAUGCCGACACCAGCAAAACUCGAGAGUGAUCUUGACCGGACAGAGGUAAGGACAUGAUCCUUUCUUCAGACAAACGACUCAGAGAAACUGUAUUAUUUAAACAUUAUUAGAUGGCAAAGAAAUAAAACGGUCACGAAAUUCCCUAAUCUUUCAUCUUUUAGUUAAAAACACAACUGGUGUUAAGUCUUUAUUUGUUAACUAUUCGCUAUAAUUAUCAUUCGAGGUGCUGCCACUUAAAUGUCUCACUUCUUGGAUCAUUAUAAGAAGCUGGGAACAUUUUGGAAACUUAACUAGGUAUCCCAGUCUAUUGUUGAGAAACCAAUAAAAAUUCAAGAGGAGAAAUAUGUGGGUACGGGUUUCGAUAGUUUUGUCCUGGCGGCUGGCUGACCAAAGAAUACAGUGUACUGAUUUGUGAACACUGUGGGAUACGCAUAGUUUCUCUUUUACAGAAAGUUUUCUGAAAAAUUCUAAAACAUCUGGUUGCCGUUUUACAAGAAUUAGGAAUUGUCCUGCUUGCUAGCUGACUAGUGCACCGAUUGGUGAGAAGUACAGGAGACGCAUGAUUUCUCUUUUGCUUAGGGAUAGCUGAAAAAUACUAAGAAAUCCUGUUGCUGUUUUGCAGGAAUUAGACAAGGACAAGACCAAAAUUAUUGACAGCAAGUGGAUAGUGGACAAAGAGAUGGCUAAUCGGUCUGAACUGAGCAAGGAGUUGGCAAACUUUUGUACACAAUACCCGAUAUAUCAGGUGAAAAUAAUGGACGACUCAUUGACUUCUAAGAGGGUUGAGACAGAAGGUGAGUCAUGGACAGAGGAGCUUGAAAUGCGUAUACCGAAAAAAAACAGAAGGCUAAAUUGCGUUCGCGCUUUCCUUGUGACUUUUAUUAAUUUAGGAAGAGAACCCAAACCAAACUGUUCCUUGAAAGAAUUAAAGAAUGCAAAAUAUAUAGACAUCUAGUGAAUCUUGAAGGUGAUAGAAAUUUAUAAAAUUUCUAGAUGUCGUAAGUUCCUGCGCCAAAUUAAUCGAGGUAUUUCUCUGAAUGUUUUGCUCUUGUUUCGCAAACUUUAAAUUGUUGUGACACAUCUAAUGCAGUUGUAUCUUUUCUUUCUACAACAGGAACGCACCAUCGCAGUCGUCGAAAUGCGAGAUCAUUUCCGCCAAUUCACCCAUGCAAUCUGUGUCCAGGUGGAAAAGGCACCGUUACCUACUGGGAUAAGUGUUGGUGUUCCAAUAUUGGAGGAUACUGGGAAAUUGAAACCAAGAUAGCUUCGCAUACAUGCGUUACGAUCCGGGAGUGUUUUUGGUGGGGUUGUAGGUCAAAGCACUUGGUUUACUAUGUAUAUUGUUCCCAAUAUGUUUGCCAACGUCCAACAUACUAUAGGCCACGCCCAUAUUAUAGGCCACGCCCACAUUAUCAGCCACGCCUAUAUGAUGAACGAAACGAACUUAUCGCGUUGUAG